CGAACCCGAGAAGAUGAUGGCUUCUCUGUCUUCCGUGACCGCCAACCGCGGCGUCGCCCUAAAGGCGCCCCGCGCGACCGCCUCCAAGGCGCGCGUCGCGACCCGCGUCCAGGCGGUCGCCGCGCCCGAGCAGGUCAACAUCGCGGACAACGUGACCCAGCUCGUGGGCUGCACCCCCAUGGUGUACCUCAACAAGGUCACCGACGGCUGCGUCGCCGAGAUCGCCGCCAAGCUCGAGAUCAUGGAGCCCUGCUGCUCCGUCAAGGACCGCAUCGGGUUCUCGAUGAUCGCAUCCGCGGAGGAGAAAGGCGAGAUCACCCCGGGCAAGACCCAGCUCGUGGAGCCCACGUCGGGGAACACCGGCAUCGGCCUCGCCUUCAUCUCCGCCGCCAAGGGCUACAACCUGACCCUCACCAUGCCCGCGUCCAUGUCCCUCGAGCGCCGCAUCCUCCUCAAGGCUUUCGGCGCCGACCUCGUGCUCACCGACCCGGCCAAGGGCAUGAAGGGCGCCGUGAUGAAGGCGGAGGAGCUCGCCGCCGGCAACCCCGACGCGUACAUUCUCCAGCAGUUCGAGAACCCCGCCAACCCCAAGGUGCACUUCGAGACCACCGGCCCGGAGAUCUGGGAGGACACCGCGGGCCAGAUCGACAUCCUGGUCUGCGGCGUCGGCACCGGCGGCACGGUGACGGGCACCGGCCGCUACCUCAAGAGCAAGAACCCCAACGUGAAGGUCGUCGCGGUUGAGCCCAAGGAGAGCGCGGUGCUCUCCGGCUCCGGUCCGGGUCCCCACAAGAUCCAGGGCAUCGGCGCCGGGUUCAUCCCCGGCAUCCUCGACACCGAUCUCCUCGACGAGAUCAUCCAGGUUGGAUCCGACGACGCCAUCGAGAUGGCCAAGCAGCUCGCGCUCAAGGAAGGUCUGAUGGUGGGCAUCUCCUCCGGAGCCGCCGCUCUCGCCGCCAUCGAGCUCGCGAAGAGGCCCGAGAACGCGGGCAAGCUCAUCGCCACGGUGUUCCCCUCCUUCGGCGAGCGCUACCUCUCCUCCGCGCUGUACUCCACCAUCCGCGAGGAGGCGGAGGCGAUGACCUUUGACAAGUGAUUAAAAAAAACGGAGAGCGCAAAGCGGGAGUCGGGUUCUGUGUACAUAGCAUCAGGUUAAUCACGUAGCUUGUCGGGGCGACACCCCGGCGUUUGGAAUUGAGAGAAAUAAGUCACUCCUCUU